AUGUAUCGCUUAGCUACUUGUCAAAUUGAGAAGAAUAUGGCAACAAUUCGUGAUGCGACAUUCUGCUUCCUGACAAAUCAUACAGAAUUCAUUGCUCGGAAACGAACCAUCAGUACAACGUUCUGGAGUAACAAAUUCUGUACCGACAUAUUCGAACGCAGGACUUUCGCCAGUGCUAUGGAGUUGGUUGGCGAGAACCCGACUCUCUUUGCUGUUGUUCGACACCCUAUUGACCGGUUUCUAAGCGGUUACGUGGACAAAUGUCACAAGACUGUUUUCUACUACUCAGCAGAAGAACGUUGUUUUGGAUGCAAAUAUGACAUGAGAUGUUUCGUGGAAAAAAUGUACAAAACUCUUUUGGGGUAUUACGACGGAUCUAUCAAAAAGUCGCGUAUGGUUAAAUACUACGUACGACAUUUUGCCCCCCAAACAUGGUACUGCGAAUUCGACAAACACAAAAACGACUACAUUCUGAUCAACUAUCAUACUGGAAUAAACGGAACACGAAAAAUCGCGGAUGACUUUGAGAAAGUUUAUGAACAAGCGCAGGAUCCCUUCCGUAAAGUGGCCGAAAAACGAGUUUUAUCGGAUGACUACGUUAUGGGACUUCUAAUGCGAAUGUAUUUCUACGAUUUUAUUGAAUUUGGUUUCAAAUAA